AUGUUUGCACCGUCGACAAAGGCGGCCUGGUGGCUGGCGACAUUUUUGACGGUUUUUGUCACAGGUGAAAUGCCCAUCCAAGCCGAAUUAGAACCGGAAUUUCUACAAGAGUUGGAAAACCACACUGUCACACAAGGCCGAGACGUACAUUUCACUUGUGUUGUGAAUCAUCUCUCCAAUUACAGGGUAGCGUGGAUAAAAUCAGACUCGAAAGCGAUAUUGGCAAUCCACACUAACAUGGUGGCGUUGAACCCUCGACUCUCCGUAACCUAUAACAACCACAACACUUGGAAAUUGCACGUUAGUAAUGUGCAGGCGAAUGAUUCCGGUACUUACAUGUGCCAAGUAAACACGGACCCGAUGAAGAGUCAGAUGGGCCACUUAUCCGUGGUGAUCCCGCCAGAUAUAGUGGACACUGUGACUGAGGGCAGUUCAGCAAGGGAGGGAGGCAGUGUCCGCCUCACUUGCAGUGCAACGGGCGUACCACCACCAACCGUUAUGUGGAGGCGAGAAAACAAUCGUCCCAUUGUAUUUAGACAAGAAGGCGGCCGAGAGAAAAAAGGGACCUGCCAUUUUGGUGGUAAUAGCAACGGUAGAAAUUCGGCCGCGCUGCUUUUCAAAAUUGGAUUUGACUCAAGGCUCGGUCAGACAGCGGACGGCGACGCGACGUUGACGGGGCCAUGUCGCGAUGUGGAUGUCACACCUGGUGGCGUGGCGUCAGCGUCACGCCGGCCGUCCCCGCCGCAC